CAACCCAGUACGUAUGGGUUCCUGUUAUUUCACACAGCGGCUCGUUAUAUGUUUUUCUAUUUCUAUUCACAUUGAUGAAGAAAGUAAAAUCAAUAAGAUUUUUUGUGCGACUAAACGGUGGCAUCGUUCAAUGUCGCGAAGUCGUCGACUGUCUUGAACGAGUGGACGGUCGUGCGAACUCGCUGCCUUUCGACCGGUAGGAACAUGAAAUCGAAACCCGACCACUUCUCCAGGAAAGCCGCAAAUUUCUCCACGUGUCGCAGACGUCGAAAUCUGGAUCCAGUUCACUGUAUAACCGCGACGACGAGCCAUCGACCACGAUAAUGAAUCAAUUAACGACAUCGCACCAACCAUCAGAGAAAGGUUGACAGGAAUUGGAAGAGGUUUGAGAAUGAAAGAGAGAGAGAAAGAGAGAGUUUUGAGGUUCGAGGAGAUUGAUAUUGAGAAAUUUGGGGAUGACUUUUAAAAAAGAAUGAAAAUUCGAGUUUUAGGGAUAUGGAAUGUACGGAUUUUAAAGUGAUGAGGGAAAACGAAGAUCCUAUCAACGUUACAGAAAAAAGUGCGAUGUCAGGUGCAGGGAUCAAGAGUGCUUCCGCGACUCAAAAACUUAAAAAUCUGAACAGCCAUUCAGGACGCAACUCAGUUCAUGGAGAUACUGCGAGCAAUACCACGGAAGAUGCUUCUAUAAAUAAUAAAUCUCAGACCAAUACCGUUCGACGUCCAGGAAAAUCAUCAAUUAGCCCAACUAUGCACAAGAGGCCUACAACUAAUCUGCCUGCCGGAUCUACACUUAGGCCCGAAAAUCAAUACGCGAUGAAGAAGAAACGUUAUCUACUGUUGAAGAAAGAAUUGACAGAUAAGCAGAAAGCAGCGCAAGAAUUGUACACCGAGUUGUCUCAACUACGCGAGAAGCUAAUCACAACUGGCGCAAGAGAUCCAGGCAAACCGGAAAUUCUAAAGCUCGAAAUUGGACCUCCCAAGGCUCCUUAUGUAGCGGAACAGAUUUGUAAUGAAUCAGUGGACACCCACAUAGAAAAGCUUUCUGCUGGGAACGAGCUAUUAGAAUGUUUGGAAGAUCGGCUGCGUGAGAUCCCGCAGAGAUUGAGGAAUAUCUGUAAAGAGUUAUUGGAUAAACAGUCGAAUUUCACCAGUUUCAUCACAUCUCAUCUUAUCGAAGCCAGCGAGAAUACAGAGACGAAUUCCGAAGAAGUGACAAUACAAUUGGAGGUACAUCAGAGGGAUUACGAUAAUAUUAGAUCACGUUUAAACGAGAUCCAAGAGUUGGAGGAGAAAUCGAUCGCAGAGUUCAGGAACAACGUGCAGAGCAUGAUCGACGAAUAUGAGCAUUCCAGAACGAAGUUAAAGGAAUUGAACACGAUAGAAGCUCAGAAGGAAUUGCAAUUACAUUUGAAUGCGGCAAUGGAGGAACUUCAAGCGGAAAAGGACAAGAAUAAUCAAGGGAAGGAUCGUCUUCGACAAACUGAGACACAUUUGCAGAAGGCGCGUACGAAAAUCAGAGAUUUGGAAACGAAUAUGGCUGCGGAUAAAGAUAAGAUACAACAACUUCAAUGCAAUGUGAAGACUCUAGAAGGCCAGAUGAAGCAGAAGGAUAUGGCAAUAGAUGCUAGAUUGAAAGAUAUGCAAAAGACGAUGAAAAAUAGCGAGGAUCUGGUUUCUAAGGUGGAAAAACAGAGGGACAGUUUUGAAGCAAGAUUAGUGGAGCUGAAAGAGAAAAUGAACAGUAAGGAAAACGAGUCGAUGAGUACUAUUAAGGAGAUGUCUGAGAGAUUGAAAGCCAUCACUGCUGAUCUUGGUAUUGAAAAAGAGAAAAGGCAACAAGUAGAAGAUGCAUUCGUCGAAUUAGAUGAAAGGUAUAGAAAUCUCGAAGAGAAGAGCAAACAAUUAUGUGAGCUUGCGGAGAAAAAUAAAGAUAUUACAAUCACAGAAGGUAAUCACACAGAGAACGAAGUACGGUUGUUCAACGAAUUGCAGCAAACCAGGAACGAACUGGAAGCUGAGAGACAAAUAAAAUUGCAGCUGCAACAGGAGAAAGAGGAGAUCAUUGCAGUGAUGCAUCAAGCGGCCUGUCGCGAGGAGGAUGAAGACUCGAGGGAAAAGUUGGCUGCCGAAUUGGUGUUCAAAUCCAACGAAUUACAAAAGCUGAUGAUGCAGUACACAGGACUGAAAAAGGUUGCAAAAAAUGCCCAAGAAAAAAAUGGGAUGUUAGAAAGACAAUUGAUGGAAAUUCAGGAGCGGCUGCAUUCUCAGUCCAUGGAGGGUGGAAAAGCUGGGUUGAGCGCUCACGCGAUUGAGCUUCAACAACAGGUCUCUGAUCUUCGUAAUAAUUUAGCAGAAAUAAUUCGACAAAAAGAAGAGUUAGAAACUGCGCUCACUCAAAAGCAAUUAGAAUUGGAACAACGCGAUCGUGUGAUGCGUGAACAGAGCAAGUUCCUUAAAGUCAGGGAUGAGUUGCUUGAUAUUUUGAAAGGAAAAGUACAACAAGAAAACGGAGAAUUGUCGAAUAGCGAUGAAAAUAAUGAAUAUCUCGAACAGAUCCACAAACAGAUAGCUGCCAAGACUGAAGCAAUCCAAGAGUUAUACACAACUUUAGAGAAUAAGCAAUUGCAAAUCAUGCGUUUAGAGAAAAUGGUGAAGUUGAUGGAGGAUCAUCAAGAUCGAGCCCAAGCUCAACGCACGCGUUUAGAAAAUCGUAUUGCUCAACUUGAGCUAGCCCUACAAAGGAAUAAGGAACAGCGAGACUAUAUACAGCGACAGACAUCCUCUGAUGAGGAACAACCUUAUAUUUGUGAACGUUGCCGCCAAGAAACAUCUGUAGAGAAAGACAAAGAUGAAUGGUCAAAUAAAAAUGAUUCCACUGACAAUACUAACGAAUCUUUGUCUAAUUGGUUAACAAAUAUGUCUAGUGUGGAAAUAACCCAGGAUGCAUUGAAUAAUCAGGAUUUGCAAAACGAUAAUUAUUUUUAUGACUUACCUGUGACAGAUAGAAAUAGAAGGUAUAUUUACGGGGUGCACAAUCCAUACAAAGAAUUCAAUAUGGAAGAUAGUAGCAGGGAGUCGCUAAAUCCUUAUCAGAGAGAAUAUCAUCAAUAUCAUUACCGUGUUCGAUCGCCACUCGCAUAUAAGACCAUGCCUUAUAGUGUCGCUUUAUAAACACUGUAUAUAGUUUCUUCUGUGUGUUCAUUGUUACAAUAUACCUUAUAUCUUGCUAUUAUUUUUGAAGGAUUUAUAUUAUCUACAUAGGAGUAAAUGAUCAUUAUUAAAUUUUAACUUUCUCAGUAGUACAAUAAACACGUGUCGCAAAUAAUACAUGAGAUAUGAUUCAAUUAAAUUUUCUAGAAAUAUUACCAUAAGUUUGUUACUGAUUAUACAUGUUAUUUACAAUCAUUAUUAAUAUAAUUGACCAUAGAUUAAAACUUCAAUAAUAAAAAUUCAUAUAUCAUUUGUAAAAACAAUUAGUGAUGUACAUUGUAAAUAAAUUUAAAUAUUGUAUUAAUAUGGUCUGAUUUAAUAGGCUAGGUACUCCCUGCUACCGAGUUUUCAAUGUAAUAUCGUUGAUAUUAAGUUCCUUACAGAGUGCCUAGCCUUUGAAACAGACCGAUUUUUAAUUUAUUCAUCUCUUUUUGUUUUUCUGAUUUGGUUUUUCUGUUUUAGGGGUAAGGGCUUCGGCAUCCUGUAAGGAACUUUCUAAUCACCGACGCGGUAAAUGUCUCCAUGAAUUUCGAUCAAAUAAAGAGAUUAUUUUGUGUUAUUAAGCCUUUGGUAAGCGGUAUUCUACGUCUUCGCAAGAUAUUGUUAAUUCAAUAUUCAAUACAAUAAUCGAAUCACAAAUUGUUAGCAAUGUUUUA